AUGAAGGCAGUUGACUCAGACGAUCACCAACAACAGGAAUCAGAACCAUCAGUUGCAAUGGAUCCAUCAGCGACUAUUGAAACCGGUUCAAAUAAUGAAGUAGAAGAGUCCAGUGUGUUACUCAUACCUCCAAUAUUGGGGAACGUAUCAUCGAAUGCGUCAAUGACUGCAACAGUGGGACAAAUGCCAUCGGAGCAGCCGUCUCUUGUACCUUAUCAUCUUCAACUGGCAAGUCGGCCUCGCUUGAAUACGCUUGAACGUUUCCGCGACUAUCGUCAGAAUUAUGAUGCAAAUUCUGCCGCACCGCAACCACAACCACCACUAUCCUAUCAGACUAACUACAAUGUUAAACCAGAAGAUCUUCAAGAUCCAAUUAUUCGUCGCGCACUUGAGCGAUUCGAUGAAAAAAGUCGUUCAUUAGCUCAAUCAAAGCCAAUGAAUUACGAUGACAUUCAAGAUCCAAUCACACGACGUGCAUUAAUGAGACUCGAGACAAAUUUAAAACGAACUGCACCCUCAAAUCCUCCACCCAUUACUAAUGAAUCUAAUGAAACAUGGUACACAAAUAGUUAUACACUUGGUUCAUUACAAACGAAUAACGAUAACCGUUCUGGCCGCUAUCCUCCGUCAUCGCUACCUCCAACCGGCAACCCGAAAACAAUGCACACUUCUGUGCAUCAACGCUUGUAUUCAACAUCAUCCGAUAUGCCAGAAGUGCUCGCAGGUAAUAUGAACUCGGGCAAUGAUCAAGAGAUACCGAUAGUUCGCGUUCCAACGCAACCAGUCUAUGUCACAUCCAAUCAACAACCGAUUAGUUUGCGUCAACGCUCACGUUCAGAAGAUAUGCUUUCAUCAAGAGAAAUGUCAAUUGCUCAAGUGACAAAUGUCGACGAAAACGAUAUAUCUCAAAUUCAGCGAAAUCACUCAUCAAAUCAACUUGCACCACAAGAAACACCAGUCGCAACCGAAGUGAAUUCAAACGAAGAAGAUCUCCAAUUGCCACAAACGAUUACGAAAUCAAUCGAUCCACGGUUUGUACGAACACAAGAAGCAGCUGUUAAUUAUGCGACACCGACGCAAAAGUAUUCAGCCUAUAGCUGCGAGUACACACGUCCGCAUCGCACUCAGUCUGUCGAAUCAACUCGACCGGAAUUUUCUCCUCGAAACUUUGAACCACAACAGCAGUUUCUACCGGUAGCGGAUAAUCUCGUUCAAUAUCCAACUUCAUCGUCAUCAUCUGCAUUUACACCUGUUCAUCCUUCGACAAAUAACUAUUAUCCUCAAUCGCAACCAUUGACUAUGCCAUCUUAUAAUUCAAUGUACACAUCAAAUAAUCCUCAACAAACACCUUAUUCAGAUGAUCCAAUUGUGCGACGGGCACUCGAACGAUUCAAUUCACAAAUGCAAAAUAGUAUCAUGAACACCUCGCAACAUCAACAUCAACCAAAUUUCUUACCACGUCAGUUCUCUAGUGAAUAUCUACGUCACGGAGGUCACGAAUCCUUUUACCCUCCUGAACCUCAUCACUACGAUUCCUAUGUAAAUUAUAACCGUGCUAUGCAACCGCUAACCGGUGCUAACACAGGUUAUCAAUCAAUCAUUGGACGUCGUCGACAAAUUCGUCAUGAUGACAUUUACCAUGAUAAUACAAACGUUGGAAGUGGUUAUACAACUCCUCUCUUUGCUAAUUCUCAGAAUCCAUACCCUUCUGUGAGUCCUUAUGUGAACUACAACGACGAACCACCAGCAAUUCCACCACGUUUACAUCGUGAUCUCUACCAUGAACAUCAAGAAUAUCAAUCAGAAAAUGUGAAUACGAACAAUAAUAAUAAUAAUAAUAAUAACAAUAAUAAUAAUUAUAUCCACUAUGGAUAUCCACCACCAUCAUCAACAAAUGGAUUUCGAUCGACAAAUCAUCAUUUGAUGCCAUCCGAUUCGUUUCAUCAAUAUCAAGAAGAAGAAUAUUUACGCCAUCGUGCUCAGUCAACAUCGAGCACAACUUCAUCCGAUAGUAUGAAUCAAAUUCGUUUAAUACAACAACGAUUACCACCCACAUCUCCUCGAACAAAUCCACAACAGAAUAAAAAGAAUUCACCUGAUCACUCGCAAGCGCCAUCAGGUCGAACAACACCAAGCAAUGGCAGUCAAACAGGCGAUUCAGUAUUUCAGCGUCUUUCUCAUACAACAACGAAAUCUUCCUUGUCCAAGUCAAGUUCUAAUCUAUGCGCAAAUAUACUAAACAAAACUAUUCAUUCGCCAGAACAACAGAAUCAAAUCAAAUCAAGCCAGUUAAAAACUCAUGAAAUCGAUCUCGAUGAUUCAAUAAUAACAGAAAACAACCAAGUAUCAGUCACAUCACCAACAAAUAAUUUAAGUAAAUGUCAACGUUCAAGAUCGGUCGAUGGUCGUGCACGACUGAAAAGUGCACAAAACCGUAUACAAAACGCCAAUCGCCCAACGAAUAACGAUGACGAUGAUCAUCAUCACCCACCCUCGAUCCCAUCAUCAAAAUUUACAUCUGUUCAAUCUCGUUACAAUGCUCCACCACCACGUGUUCCAUCAGCACCACGGUACACCCAUUCGGAUCGACCAGCCAUAACGAAACGGUUACCUAACGGACAUCAUCCGAUCCACGCCAGGAAUAGCAAUGGAGUUCGAACACGGAGUAAUCAGGGAAAUUUAGUUGAUACAGAAAAUGAUGAAAACUUAGCUACUAAUGAUAAUUAUCAACCGAAAAUUGUCGAUAAUAAAAUACGACCAUCCGCUUCAGGUCAUCGAUACGGUAAUAAUAAUAGUAUUCAAACAUCGGCAUCAACGUCGUCUGUCACGGCUGCCAUGUCUCGAACAAAAGCGCCUGUUUCCACAUCAGCAAAUCUGUAUCGAAGGGAUUUAAAUGCAUCUGGAACUGAUUUAAACAGAUCAUCAAAACGUGUCGAUGAUCAACGACUUCUAUCUCCUCCUACUCAACGCCGACAGAUCCCAGUAUCUGUUUUUUCACCAGCAAAAAAUGAAACGAAACGACCGGCACCCAUUCAGUCUUCAUCGACCACGCCAAUCAAUGAACCCGUCUCAACUUGCAAUGGUGAAUCUCACGAAGAAGAAGAACAACAACAACCAUCCCAAUCGCCAACAGGCGACAGUAGUUAUACUACAUUAAACAAUGAAAAUGAAAUGAAUAAGAAGAUUUCAAUCACAGGCACAAGUUUGAAAUCAUCAACAGAAAACAUCUUGAGUGAACUUGCCUUUUCUAACGACAGACACGACACAAGCAAAAAGAUGAACGUUUUCGAACGACUCUUUCGUGGUCAUAAAAAGAAAGUUUAG